GCGGAACGGCGUAGCAUGCUCCAGUUAACGUGUGGCGCGGGGGAGACGCAUGCAUAAACGCGUGGGGGUACAUGUCAAACUUAUUCCUCUCGAUAAAAGCAGGUUGUAUAAGUAUAGCCACCCCCCGCGGCUAGAGUUUUUCAAAAUCAGCACUCGUUUUCUUCUAUAGUUGUUCCAAUUACGCGUCCAAUCAUUUGAGAUUAAGCUUGCAAACUCAUACGCUGGUAAGAUUAUCAAAACCACCCUGGGUCCUCUCAAAAAUAACUAUUAUCAAUGUCCAGCACUGAGGUCACGCUAGGAAGUGUAAUAUACACCGCGGUGAAGCCAAUGUUCAAGAUCUAUUUGAUCAUGGGAGCCGGCUUCUUCCUAGCAAAGAAGCAAAUCCUCACUGUGGAAACAAGCAAGAACAUUUCGGAUAUCGUGAUGACGCUUAUCCUUCCAUGCUUGAUUUUCAAUAAGGUCAUCACCAGUAUCACCACCUCCUCCAUCAAAAUCAUCGGUAUCAUUUUCCUUCUAGGAACCGUGCUUUUCGCAAUGGGUGGGCUCCUCAGCUAUGCUGUUGCCAAAAUUACCAGGUCACCUAAACGAUGGAUCGGCGGGUUACUUGCGGUUGGGUUCUUUCCCAACAUUUCCGAUUUGCCCAUUGUGUACGUGCAGGCGUUAAACAACGGGGUGAUUUUCUCACAAGAGGAGGUGGAUAGGGGUGUGGCUUACAUUUGCAUUUUCUUUGCCGUUCAGAUUUUCUACCAGUUUAACUUGGGUGGUUAUCGGUUGGUUGAAUAUGAUUUCAGAGAUCAGAUUAAGCAGAGGGACGAAGAAAACAAGCAAGAAAGCUCACGGCUAAUCUCUAAUGAGAAGAAUGUAAACUUGUCUCCAACCGUUUCUGCCGAGAGCGAGGCGGCAUCACACACUUCCUCCGAGGGAUACAGCGAAAACUUUCAGCCACCAAGCGAGGUGCACCAUGACAUUUACGUUGAAAACGGGUACCCUGUUCCACAGUCGAUCCAAGAGUCCCUCAAUUUGGGGCGAGUGACUUCGGACCACACACCUUACGAUGUGCAGUCCAUGGCCAAACCGCUGAGUUCCAAGACCAUUAAGAGCUGGCUCCGCUUGAGAAAGUUUGCCUUCUUGAGGCAAAUUUUCGAAAACUUUUUGAAGCCAACGUCAAUGUCGUUGAUCAUCAGCAUCGUCAUAUCCAUGAUCCCGUGGGUUAGGGCGCUAUUUAUCCAGAACUCUAUUUCGCUGGUUACAUUACCAGCUGCCCCCGAUGGCAAUCCACCGUUGAGCUUCAUCAUGGAUUUUACAGACUAUGUUGGUGCAUGCAUUCCGUUUGGCCUUAUAAUCUUAGGUGCAACCAUUUCUCGGUUGUCCGUCAGGUCGAUUCCCAAAGGGUUCAUGUGGACUGCCGUUUCCCUCUCACUCGUAAGAUUGGUCAUUUUACCUGUUUUCGGUGUUUUGAUCAGUGAGAGAUUGUACACUAUCGGCUGGUUUAGCAACGACAGUAAGAUGUUGAGAUUCAUAUCCAUAAUUGCCUGGGGAUUGCCAAACUCUACAAGCUUGGUGUACGUCACCGCGUUUUACACGUGUCUCGACUCGGAGGAUCACUUACAGAUGGACUGUUUAGCCGUGAUGUUACUUGUGCAAUACCCAAUGAUGGCGAUAACGUUGCCAACACUAGUCAGUUUCAUUAUUAAACACCUUCUCAAGAUAUGAGAAAGCCGGGGGGUGUAACAUUUGAUCAUUCAAUGUGCAUAUGCGUUGUACAUGAGCAAACAUUCUUGCAGGGGAUAAAUCCCAUAAUAACCUCAAGAACUUAUAGAGACACCAAAUUGCUUUCAGAGACCGUAAGUAAUGGCCCGCUCUACUACAUAAUAUUAUGAGUUACAUAUUGCAUAAGCUAUAAAGUGGGCUCUAUAUAUUUAACUUGGCCCGGUGUCCUGGAAACAUCUUUACGCGGGGAAAUUUGUAUGCGUGGGGGUGUACAUGAUAAGCGGUGGGGGAGGAUUUUCGCC